GCAUUUACAAUAAUCAAUCAACGGAAUUAUUUAUAAAGAACACUAAUCAAGAUCAAGUUAUUAAUACUUCAAAACGAAUAGAUUUACCAUUACAUAAUUCACAAGAUCUUUUAAAUAAAGUCAUUGAAGAAUUAUGUCAUUUGUAUAAUAAAGAAGUUAUGAAAGGAAAUUAUGCAAACUCAAUUAUUUAUUCAAUAGAUCAGCAUUUUACAAAUAAGCAGCAAAAAACCAGAAGAAAUAAUCAACCUAUGUUUAAAUAA